CUCAAGCUUUCCGCCAUCUUUGAUUUCCGCUGUCCAUAUCGGAUGGUUACCACUGGCUCAGUUAUGACUUAGCAAAAAUGGCGGACGAACUUAACAAAACUGCGAACCUACCGGCAAACAUAAAAUUGUUCGUGUUUGAUCUGGCAGGUACAACUGUAGAUGACUCGAUUGAGGGUGUACCACUUGUGGCUAUCGCCAUGAAAGAAGCAUUUCACAAAAAUGGCCACAGCAUCGACGUGAGUUUAGUCAAUAAAUACCGUGGAAUGGAGAAGAGAGACGCAAUUCAGAGUAUCUUAAACGAGGUACACGAGUCAAACGAGUCAACCAACACGACAGCUAACGUCAGUGUCGACCUCUUAUUCAAGGAUUUCAAAUUUUUUCUGAAUCAGAAUUUGUCAUCGAUUAAAAACGAAAUCCCAGGAACAACUGAAGUUUUUCAGAAGUUGAAAUCCACAGGAGCAAAGAUUGCUGUUGGCAGCGGCUUCCCGCACAGUGUCGUUGAAACCAUCACAGAUACCUUGAACUGGUCCAGCCUGGUCGAUUUUGUCUGUAGCGCAGAGAAAGCGGGUCAUGGAAGGCCUCAUCCAGCAAUGAUCCACUCGGCUAUAAAAUUUUUUGGGAUAAUGGAUCCACGAUCAGUAGUCAAAGUUGGGGACACUAAGGUCGACGUUGAAGAAGGAAAGAACGCUGGUUGUUGGACGAUCGCGGUGUUAACUGGGACACAGAGCAGAGAGUUUAUUGCAGAGAGUAAACCGGAUUUUAUCAUCAACAGCAUUGCUGAUUUACCUGAUCUAUUGUCAGGGACAUUCCAUAUAUGAUCUCGAACAACUUUGUUGAACAAUUCGAAUCACCGUGUAUUUGAAAUUCGGAAUAAAAACGAAACGACACCUUUCGUAUUAUGCCGUAGUUUGUUACAGUGAUCACCCGAGUGAGCCAAAGUUUCGCCUAGUUAGGAAUGCUGUUUCUCACGCAGAGCUUUUUUAAGCGGAUUUCUAUCGUUUUACAACGACAACACAUGACAUACAAACGUAACAGAAGGGGACGUUAAGCCCUGAAUCACUCAUAAUUCUGUAGAGAUACCACCCUUGAUUAACCCUCGUGCGAUUUUGAGUAAGCAUCCAAUUAGUCAAACAUUAAUCGCUGAGGGUUUGCCUAACCCUAACUCUUAGACUAAAACAUUGGUGGCCAUUGAUAUUUGAAGGAAGGCGGCCAGCAACAUCCAGCCUUUCAAGACAGAGAAUUCUAGCAACGUUUUCAAGUACGUGUGUAGGCUAAAUAAAAAAAAAAAAAUUGCACGUUCACGGCUUGCGCAAAAAAAGUAGUGUACGGACUUCCUUUAAUACUUCAAUAUAUUGGCUUCUAGACAUAAAAUAGCGUUACACCGUUGGGAGAUUAAUUAGUUGAGCUCGGCUAAGCUAAACAGUAGGCACCAGGGAUCUGAGCUAUGAUAUAGUUCCUCUAUAUUAUAGCUACGUACUUAAUUCUUGAGUUCGUUUUUUUAGGUGCCACUGCUGGAGAAAAUGCCACUGCUACUUCAAACCACUAAAUGAACAAAUAGUGAAAGGGUUGAGGGUUUACAUAUCCCAUUGACCUUUGUUACUCGGCAUACUUGCAAUACUUAAUUCGAUAAAGCUAAUACAAACAAACCUACAUGAAUCGCUAAUGAUGAACACGUGAAGAAAGAAGGUCCAAUAUAACAAGCUGGGAGAACUGAGACAAAAAGAACACGAAACUUCGAUUGGAUCUUUCAUGGCGCACACACUCUACCCCUGCAAGAAUAUUUAGCUAGGGAUACCAACUGCUUGAAGGUUAGUCCCCACAGUAGAGCCUACUCUAAGAUAAUUCAAAUACAAACGCUUCAUCCAAUCACCAAAACAUCUCAGUGAAAAUUAGAAACCCUUUAUGUGAGCUGACCCCGAGAAAACCCUUGGGCAAUCAUGAGAUUUAAACCAUAGAAAUAAAUGAAUCAUCAAGAAACUAUCAUGUACAAAUCCUAAGACAGAAAAAUAUCUCACAAAAAUAGGAUCUACGAAAAUGAUUGAAAAAUACCUACUUAGGUUUGCCAAAAAAAUUACUUAAAUAUUUCCAUAAAUUUAGGCAAACGGAGAGGAAAGUCCAGAUCUUGCUGUUUAAAUCGAUCAGCUGUUUUGGUUAACAGGGUCUUAGAUCUUUCCAUCGAUAGCCCAAUGGAGGUAGGAAAACUGAUGAGACCACUCUUCAGUAGAGCUAAGAGCACUGUAUUUCAUUCGUCCACAUUUUCUCAUUAGUUAUUGUAAACGUGAGGAUCUUGUAAUGAUCUAGGUUACUAGAUUUUGGGUCUCCAAGCUACUUUCCAAUGAUCAGUGAAAGACUGAAACUUGUUAGUUCUACCCUGCUUGGAAAAAAAAAAAAAAGAGACAAUGAUAGACCAUGAUGGAACAACAAUGACUGGGGAUGAAGAGGACUGAGACGGAUUACGGAAAAAAAAAUUAAAGAAAUUUCAAGGAUCCCUGAUCGUGACAUAUUUAGCUGCUUUUAAGUGCUGCUAAAGGAUCUUUACAUAACGUCAGACAUACCAUUCACUUACAACUUCCUGUUCUCAUUCUCGACGAAUUUUAAGGUAAUUUUUCCUCUGGUAGAUACUUAUGAUGUAUUGACGAAUCUUUCAACAACGGUAAGCUGUGGAACUGGCAUUUUUUCUGAGACUACUCAAAGCUGACAUUUCCUCAAAAUCUAUGGCUGAACUUACUCUUCCUGUCGCCUGUUGUGAUUCCUUGGCGCGCGCAGCUAGCGCGAGAAUAGUUAAAAUAACCGCGCUUCUCGCGGGAGACCACGAGUUGUCGAACUCG